AUUGUGAAAGUUGAAGCCUCCUUCACCAAUCUGUCUCUGAAUCAAGAUGACAACAACAAGUUUACUCUUUCUGUUUGAGGGUACCGAAUUCGAAGAUAACAAAAAAUAUUCAACAAAUAAUAAAGCAGAGAGAAACAACCUAAAUCUCUCCGAACAGCGGUCCAUUUCUACCCGGAGUAUCAAACUUGAGAUUUCCUCCGGUUUCCAAUGGCCGCUGUUCUUCUCAUUCUUCUCAUUCUCAUCUCUCUCCCUUCCCAUUCUCUUUCUUCCAUUCCUGAAUCCGAAGCUCUUCUCAAACUUAAACAAUCAUUCACUAACUCUCAAUCUCUUUCUUCUUGGCUCCCUAAUCAGAAUCCAUGUUCUUCAAGAUGGGUUGGUGUCAUCUGUUUCAACAACAUCAUCUCAAGUCUUCAUCUUGGUGAUUUAGGCCUCUCUGGUCAAAUCGACAUCGAUUCUCUUUUACAAAUUCCAACACUCAGAACCAUUAGUUUCGUUAACAACUCAUUCUCUGGUCCUAUUCCUCAAUUCAACAAACUCGGUGCUCUCAAAGCUCUUUAUUUAUCUGAAAACCAAUUCUCUGGUCCUAUUCCUCCAGAAUUCUUCUCCCAUUUAGCUUCUCUUAAAAAAGCAUGGCUCAACAACAACAAAUUCUCAGGGAAUAUACCAGACUCUUUAACCAACCUUCGUUUUCUCUCAGAGUUACAUCUCGAAAACAACGAGUUCUCUGGUCCAAUCCCAGAAUUAAAACAAGAUAUUAAAUCAUUCGACGUCUCCAACAACAAGUUACAAGGUGCAAUACCUGGUUCAAUGUCCAGGUUUGAAGCUAAAUCUUUUGCAGGAAAUGAAGAGCUUUGUGGGAAGCCUCUUGACAAAGAAUGUGAUCCUUCUUUGGUUUCACUACCUACCCCUGACAAUGGACAAAGCUCUAGUUGGGUUUCAAAAGUUAUUUCAAUUCUCAUCGUUGCUACCAUUGUUGGUUUGAUUUUCACAUUUUUAAAGUCAAAACGUAGAAAUGAUGAUGAUGAUUUCAGUGUUAUGAGUAGAGAAAAUAAUGAUGACGUCGUUCAAGUGCAUGUUCCUAGCUCUAACCAUAGACAAGCAUCGGAAGGUAGUAAAAAAGAAUCAAAGAGAGGGUCUUCGAGGAGUGGUGGAAUGGGUGAUCUUAUAAUGGUGAAUGAUGAAAAGGGUGUGUUUGGUUUGCCUGAUUUGAUGAAAGCUGCUGCAGAGGUUUUGGGAAAUGGUGGAUUAGGUUCUGCAUAUAAAGCUGCCAUGACCAAUGGUUUGUCUGUGGUGGUGAAGAGGAUGAGGGAGAUGAAUAAAGUUAGCAGAGAUAUAUUUGAUGCUGAGAUGAGAAGAUUUGGAAGACUUAGAAACCGUAACAUUUUGACACCUUUGGCUUAUCAUUACCGCAGGGAAGAGAAGUUAUUUGUCACUGAAUACAUGCCAAAAGGAAGCUUGUUAUAUGUUUUGCAUGGUGAUAGAGGAACAAGUCAUGCUGAACUAAAUUGGCCUACACGUUUGAAAAUUGUGAAGGGAAUUGCACGUGGAUUGAGUUUUCUUUACACUGAAUUUGCAUCUGAAGACCUACCGCAUGGAAACCUUAAAUCAAGCAACAUACUUCUAGCUGAUACUUAUGAACCUCUCCUAAGUGACUUUGCUUUUCAUCCACUCAUAAAUCCAUCCUAUGCAGCACAAACAAUGUUUGCUUACAAAACUCCUGAUUAUGUUAUCUACCAACAAAUUUCACAGAAAACUGAUGUUUAUUGCCUCGGGAUAAUCAUUCUUGAAAUCAUUACAGGGAAAUUCCCUUCUCAAUAUCAUAGUAAUGGUAAAGGUGGUACUGAUGUGGUUCAAUGGGUCUUCACGGCAAUAUCUGAGAGAAGAGAAGCUGAAUUGAUUGAUCCAGAGUUAACAGGAAACAAUGCAGAUUCAAUCAAUCAAAUGUUGCAACUUCUCCAAAUUGGAGCUGCUUGCACAGAAAGCAACCCCGAACAACGACUUAAUAUGAAGGAAGCUAUUAGGAGGAUAGAGGAGUUACAAGUUUAACAAAACAAAAA